UCCUAUCCUACAUGUGACCACAACCAGACUCAACCCAUCUUCCCUCCGUCCUCCUGCCUCGCCUUCCACCCCUCCCACGCCGUCGUCUCAACGCUCAGCCCGUUCUCACAUCUACCCAGCCGUCAGCAUCCCGCUCACGUGCCAAGCCCACCGCGCUGCACCUCGCGCAACCAGCAACUUACUGUCUCAACAACCGCACCACCUGCUCGCACACGAUAUUCGGCUUCCCGGUCUUCUCCGACACCUCGACGUUGCACUUGUACUGCACCAACUCUUUCAACGCGCAGUCGUGCAGGCGCACGGGCGGUUUCCGAGGCCUCCCGUUGGCGAGCACGUUGAUUUGGGAUUCGAGCGCGCUGAGGGCGUGGAUGGGUGUUGCUGGGGCCAUUGGAGUGGGGUUUUAGUGGACGGGGGAAGAGAGGCUGUGGGGAAGAGGAGGAGCUGUGGAAAGGGAUGGCGAUGAAUGAUGAUGUGGAGGCGAAGAGGUUGGGGGAGAAGCUGUUGUUGGAUGUUCAGGUUGAGGGAUUGAGCUCGAUUCUGAGUUCUCUCCGUGAACUGGAUGCUGAAGGCAACGCGAGCACAACCAAAACGCCUUUCGGGAUCCCAGAACUCGACGCUCUAACAUCAAGCUCCUCACCAGCAAUCCUCGAACUCAUCUCACCACCAUCUACCCACCACCCCUCCGGCGCCGGCAAAACCUCCCUCCUCUACCUCAUCAUCGCCCACGCCAUCCUCCCCCCCUCAUUCCCCUCGAUCCCGCACCUCAACGGCCACGACGCCGCAAUAAUCCUCCUCGACCCGCUCCACCACUUCAGCGUCCCGCGCCUCGCAACCACCAUCCUCUCCCUGCUGACUUCGCACCUCCCCGCCCCCGUCGACCCAGACACCAAAUCCGCCCUCACCACCCUCACAGCCCGCUGCCUGGCCCACGUCCACAUCUUCCACCCGACCUCCUGGCCCUCGCUGCUCGCCACCCUGCGCGCCCUGCCAACCUACCUCUUCACCGCCCCCCACCCCAGCGCGCACCGCCGCAUCCACUCCCUCCUCCUCGACGACGCCGACGCCUUCACCGCGUCCCUGCGCGCCGCGCCAGCCAUGAGCAGCACCACGGGCCCGCUCACCGCCGCAUCCCGCGCCCUCACGGCCGAAGUCGCCCGUCUCGCGGCCCUGCUGUCGUGCAACGCCGUGCUCACUGCGUCGGCGGCCGCGCCCUCGGGGUUCCGCGCGCUGGUGCCCGUGGCGUGGCCGCCCGGGCAAGAGGUCGUGCGCGUUGCGGUGCGGCGGGUGGGGGUGCCGCGGUUUGCGGCGGGGAUGGGCGUGCAGGCUGCCGAGGCGGAGCGCGGGCAGCGGUGGGAUGUUGUGCGGCGGGGGCGGUUUGAGUGCUGGCGGGUUGGGGGGGAGGGGAGGGGGGACGGGUUUGUGUUCCGCGUUGGGAGGGAGGGGGGUGGUGGUUGA